UCAGACACAACACGCUCUGCCACCACAGGGUAAUCAAGGGCAACAUCAGUUCAAAGGGCAAGGACACGGACUGGGGCAUGAAAGAGGUAGGAAUGGAGGGCGAGGAAAUGGUUAAGGAGGAAGAGGAUUCAGAGGAAGAGGAAACGGCGGACAAGGAGGAAAUUGGAGCAAUCAAGGAGGAGCUCAAUCUGGAAAUUACAAUCAGGUGGUCGGUGAUGAUCAAUGGAAGGACACUGUUUGGUCAACGAAGAAGAUUCGAGAGUCGAGACGAUACCACGGAGGUCACAGUAUAUGUCGGUUGUCCUCAGUGGUGGGAGGAUAUGAGAGCGGUGUGCAAAGUGUUGGAUCCCAUCAUGGAUAUGCUGCAGAUGGUGGACAGCGACACGAGGCAGAUUGACAAGAUUUUGCAUCGGUACGACGAAAUGAUCGUGCGUUGUUUGUCUGCAUGUGCUGCUUUUGACAAGGACGAGCAGGACGCAGUGCUCAAAGUCUUUGACAGACGCCGCACUAUGUUCAAGUCACCGACUCAUGUUGCUGCCAUGAUGUUGGAUCCCGAGUUUCGAGAGCGCACGAUGCGAGACGACGAUGAGAUGCAGCACGGUUUGAAAGUUGCUCUGGUUCAAUUCGGGUACCCAGAGGGCUCGGCCCAGCACAUCGAGGUUCUGACUGACAUUGACAAGUUUCAUGCUAGGGAGCCGCCAUUCGACGAUGUGGCCAUGGAUCAGGCGGCGUGGAGCUAUCCCCAUCCAGCUAGUUUCUGGGAGUCGAAGGAGAAGAGGUUCCCGCACACGGCCUUCUUCGUCGGCAGAAUACUACACGUAUGGCCGACCGCAUUACCUUGCGAGAGAACCUGGUCGCGCUGGAGCUUCAUCCACUCCAAAUCCCGUAACAUGUUGGAGGUGACACGGACCGAGAAGCUCGUGCGAUGCCACUGGAACCUUCGGCUUCUUGAAAGGCAGGCUAUGUCGGAUGAUGCUCCCAAUGACAGGCCGCAUCCGUAUGGGAGUUGGGUGCACUAUUGGCACCAAGUGGAGGACGAGGUGCCCACUGACCUGCAGCUUGGCUCAGGCCGAGGAGCCCAUGACGACGAUGGUGCCGGAGGCGAUGAUCGCGGUGAUGGAGGAGAUCGACCCUGCUCAACACGCAGAGACGUUGACAGAGGGUCUGGCAAGGAAGCAAGACAUUAUCUCGAUGAGGUUGACGCUGAUGCACGGAGCGGUGCAGGGGGAUCGAGACCUGGAGAUGAUGACACCAUGUGCGGCGACGGGGCUGGAGGCGAGCACCUCGCAGUUUCGGAUAAUGUUGGAGAUGGAGCGGAUGAUGACGGUGCAAGACCUAUUCUGGGCGGUGCCCUGAAGCGCUUGAAACGUGGACCAAGGGAAGGAGACACUAUCGUUUCACGUGUGCGCAAACGUCAUGGUGGGGUUGCAGGCGUUCCACAACUGCGAGUCCCUGCAAUUGAGCAGAUUCCAGUUUCUGAGGACUCUUUCAGUGAUGACGCUGAAGAGGAGCGGAUCGAGCAAGAUGAUGGGAGUGGCCAGGCGCAAAAUGAUACUCAGACUAUGCACGCGACAACUCCGACAGGGUCUUCCGCAACAAUCUUAGAAUCGCAACAGGGUUGUGCUGCUGCACUGCAGCCACUCACAUCUCCUGGCGGACCGUUAGUCUCAACUGCGGUGACUUCAGACGUGCGGCGACCACCUCCAGCGGCGGAGCAGGAGAGAAUGCUCCCACUUCGCAACGGUCAUGCAGUUCAACUUGACGUACGCAGGGAGGUGGUUGCUAUGUCGCAAUCAGACACACAUGGACCCCAUGCAUACGACACCGUAUCGCGGCCACCACCUGCAUUGGUGGAGGGGACUGUUGUUGCGUAUCCAGACGCUGAUCUCCCGAAAGGGGAGAUCUCACACACUCCAGCACCCGAGAAGAGCGUCGCAGGCCAUGUCGGUCUCGCAUGCCCCACCGACAGUCUUCCGGGUACCGGAGAGUUAUCGGCCAUGGACUCGGUGCUCGUCUCUCUCCUGGCCUUAGCGACUUUGAUAUUUCCUGGUCUACCCCACGUGUCACCGCCCAACCCACAUCAGCCUGUCGCCAUAGAGCGAGGGCCAGACGCGUUUGAUGAGUUUGGAGGCGAUACAAUCACGGUGUGCCCAACGGUGUCUGCCAUGCCCACAGUUUUCCGUGUUGGCAGACCUCACGACGUAGACCUCGGUAUGGACGAGACGGCGACGCGACACCUCCACGACGGUCACCGCAGCAUCGCACAACGUAGUUUGUCCGAUUCGUUCGAUGACGCGGAGGAUGGUGGUUUUGCUGCAUUCGCCGCAGUCGAAAGAGCAGCAAGACCUUCGCGUCCGCCGUCAGACUCAGAGCAUCAAUUCAUCAGCGCGACUACCGGCGCAGUUGCUGGCGUUCCCGCUACGAACACCACCGACGCGACAUAACAGUCUGUGGUGGGGUCAUCGGCGACAACGUGGCGCGAGAAAGCUACUGUUUUGCCGGCAGUGGCAUUCUAUACCAGCGGGACAACCAGUCGGGGGUUGGACCACAAGCGGUUAUCGGGGAGCUGAAAAUUCAAGAAUGAAAAUUUUGAAGUGAG